GUGAAGUAGACCAUCCACGUUUCUUUCUUUACUUUCAUUUUGACGAUUCUCAAAGGCUAGUCCUCCGCUUCAGACAGCGCCAGUCGCUUUAAUUAUUCAGUAAUAACUUUCUUGGUCGAAGUUGACUUCGUCUGCCUUUCUCUCUCUACACAUCUACAGCUUUCACAGCCUUUUUCUACAUCUACACAAAAUAUUCAACAUGCAGUUCACGACAGCAGCUCUGGCCCUUAUGGCAGGCUUCGCUUCUGCGCAAAAGAUACAGGUCGUCACCGUCGGCUCGUCCAAUGGUUCCCUGACCUACUCUCCCGAUAGUGUUCAGGCGGCCGUCGGCGACAUGGUGCAGUUCCAGUUUGUCGCCGCCAACCAUACCGUGACGCAGUCGACCUUCGACCAGCCCUGCCAGCCCAUCAGCUUGUUCUCGACAAACGUGACGGGCUUCCACUCUGGGUUCAUGCCCGUCGCCGCUGGAGGGUCCAACAUCCCCACGUACACCAUCCAAGUCAACAACACCACGCCCAUCUGGGUGUACUGCGCGCAGGCUCGCCACUGUGAGAGCGGUAUGGUCAUGGUCAUCAACGAGAACACCGCUGCCAACGCCUCUCGGUCCCUCGCCAAUUUCAAGUCACUCGCUUCUGGGGCAACCACUGUCACUCCUGGUACUGCCGCCGCCGACACCUCCAGCAGCUCCAGCAGCACAACCAGCGGCACCACCACCACGACCUCCAGCGCUGGCAUGGUCAAGGUUGGCGGCACCACGUUGGGUCUGGCUGGUCUUGCUGCUGCCAUCAUGCUCCUGUAGCCUUGCCCUGCCAGGAUGUUAGAGGGUGAGAGCAUGCAAUUGCAGAUGUCGGAAUGAAUCAUGUGGACUGGUCUACAAGUAUACCCAGCUGGAUUAAUAUGGUGGUGGUGGAGUUCUUGGUUGAUAUGUCUUUAUAUUAUAGACGAUUUCUCUUGAAAAGAGUUCGUCGCUUUUUGGGGGGUACGAUAAGAAAAGAAAUGAAAAUAUAUCCAUUUGUUGUGCG